AUGCCGUCACGGAAACGGUCCCUGCAGUCCGUUGACGGCGAUGCUGGCGACACGGAUCACCCUGCGGGUGCCGAGCUUCUCGAUCGGAUCCGUAAUAUGUGGCAGUUUGCAAACGUCUGCCAAUGGAUCUACAUUUUUGGAAAGGUUGCAAAGAUCGACGAUUCGGUCGAUGUAGAGGAAAUGGAAGCAGAAUGCCUAAAGCCGCAGUCAACACUUCUCGCAGAUGUCGCACUAUCCAUCUUGAAGUUGGUCUCGUCGCACCGCGGCCUGACGCACGAUAUCUUCAACGACCAGAUGCGCAAGCAAUACCUGGCUAAAUCCCCCGACAGCAACCCCUUUGGAGAUGAGGACGCUCCUCGAAACUUUGCCGAUCUCGAUGUUUUCACAAAGAUCAAGGUCUUGCAGCAGCUGACGCAGUGGGUAAUGAUUCACCCCGAACGGCUGCGCGACAAAAUGGAGGAACAGAAGGAUACGGAGCAAGCAGGCUGGAGAAUUGAGCCCUACGGCUGGGAUCGGGACGAUCGAACAUACUUCGUCCUGGACGACAAUCGCAUCUACCGCAUGACUGAGCCACCUCCCGUGCUACCCCGACCCAAGGCGAAGAAGAGCAAGAUUUACCGAGCCGGCCGCCGAUCGAGCAAACGACAACGCAUCAGCUCCCCGCAAGCAGCAGAGUCCACACCGGAAGGAGAGGCGGGAGCAGAGCCCUCUGAUGACAGUUUAGGCGGAAACAUUUGGGAAUGCGUCGCUGUCACCCUCCAAGAGGUGCGAGCAUUUCUGGAGAGCCUAGGCAAGACUCGCGACGAGAACGAACGGAUCCUUCGGAGGCAGCUUCAACUGCAUCUGGUACCCAUUCUGGAGAAGCAGGAAGAGGCUCAGAAGCGGAAACACCUCCAGAGAGAACGGGAGCUGCUCAAUCUUGCAAAGAUGGCCAACGCAAAGAGGUCCAGCCGGAUUGCCGGCAAGGCAGAACGACAAAGACAAGAGGAGCAUGAAAGGGAAGAAGAGCAGCAGAGGCGAGAGGUCGAGGCGGCCAGAAGACGUGAAGAGCGGGAACGUCAGAAAAUGGAAAAAGAACGAGACUUCAGAAUGUUCUCGCGCCAACGUCGCCUGCAAGAGCGCGAAGCACGUCGUCUGCAACACGAGGAAGAGCUGGCACAGCUCUCGGAAGACAGCAGGAACACAACCACGGCACCGGGUCGGACGUCGGAGCGACGCCUCCUGGUAGAAAUCGAGAAGAGCAAGCAAGCCCUCCGAGAGCUGGAGGAGGAGGAGGAGGCCUGGGUCUUCGACUGCGUUUGCGGCCUCUACGGCCAAGUUGACGACGGCACGCAUAGCGUUGCCUGCGAGAGGUGCAAUGUGUGGCAGCACAGCAAAUGUCUGGGCAUCAGCGAAGACGACGCUGAUCGCGCUGAAUUUCACUUUGUCUGCAGCCCCUGCAAACGUCGGGACGAGGCUGCGAAAGCAGCGCCUCGGGGCGUCAUCAAGCUCAAACUUCAUCCGUCCGCCAGCGGCAGCACCGGUAACGCGCGAUCAGCUGAGGAACCCGCACAGGAUGCACCGGCUCCAAAGGCUCCGGCGGUGAACGCAAAUUCUCCCAGUGGAGAGGCUCAGUCCAUCGGCUCACGGGAUCUCACGUCGCCGCUCCAGGGGCAGCCGUCACCUCUUCCGUCGAGCGCCGCGGCACAUGUCAAGCCGGCGGCUCCUGUGGCACCUCUUACGACACCAACACUUUACGACGGUGGCCAAGAACAAACGUCUGUUUCGGCUGUCUAUGUUCUGCCGUUGAAACAAGAAUGGGCUCCCGAGCAUCCCAAAGCCACCAAGACUGCCCCCGCUCCUUCUGCCAUUGGCUCAAGGGCAUCGCCUCCUCGAGAGCGGAAUGGCAUCGCUAGGGCGAGCAAUGGAGACAUAAAGCCCGAACCUGCCGCCGGACCGACUGAUUCGGCCAGGAAGCCGGAGCCGAUACUCCUCGGCAGCAGCACAGGCCCGAACCGUAGUCCUUCUGCUGUUACCAACGCCGUUGUCGAAACUAAAGCAACUGGCCAUUCGAUCCCGGCCCUGUCCGUAGGGCAGCAACCAGAGGGCAUGAUCAGCCUAGUCGCCGAACCCGCCGGUCCUGCCAUUCAACCAAACGAAGAAGAUGUGGCCUACGCCAUGUCCAUUGUCGUGGAUUGGGACCGGCGCAAGCACGGCACGACGGCGCCGGCUAUGCGCGAAGACAGCCUUGUUCCCUUCACGAUCUCCGCUCCCAACUUGACCAAGGGCCCAGGCUAA